AUGGUAGUCCACCGUAAAGGUCCCCCGAGCUACACCGCCUCUGAGCUUGAGCAGCUUGUCAAGCUCAAGCUACGCCAAUACGAGCGCGAACGACAGCCGUCUGAAGCGAAACAGCUCCAAAAAGAGAUCAUCAAGCUCAUGCGCCAGCUGGCGGACACACAUCCUGAACCCUGCGAGCGUAAACGAUGGGAAGAACAAGCAGAUAACUUGGACAAUGCGACGGAGGAAGAGCGGGAGCAUAUAUUGCUCGACAUCGGGAAAGGCCUCGGGCUUAUCCUCGUGUUGCCGUUUUUGUUUGCUGGCGGCGUGCUUUACGGGGUGGGCUUGUUCGUGAAGGGCGUUGGCAACCUGCUCACGGGAGGAGCGAUAAAGAAAGCUUUUGAGUAG